AUGAAUUCAUUGGAAUCUGAUGAUGAAGAUAUGUCUAUUGUAAAAGUAUCACUAAAUGUAACUGAAACUACUAAUAGAACUUUAAAUGGAUCUUUGCCAAAAACUUUUAUGAAAAGAACAAAUGACGAUUCAUCGAUUAGUAAUAUUUUAAUAGGAAUUGGUUUAGUUACUGUUAUUUUAAUUGGAAUUGUAAUUGUUAUGAAAAUGAUUUAUAUGUGUUAUAAAAUGUGGAAACAAGAGGAUGAUGACGAAGACGAUAAUAAAAAAAAUCAAGCUAAAAAAUCACCAUUAUUACCUACGUCAAACUCAAAAGUUGUACGUCGUAAUUCAUCUGUUCGUAAUCCAGCAGCACCAAUGCGUCGUUCAAGUCUCCUUAUAGAAACACAAAUGGAACUUCGAAACAAACGUUUAUCUCAAACAUUUAGUAAUACCCCACCAAUUGUUAAAAAACCUUAA